AGCUGAAUAAACCGGUCUAUAACCGGUCCAAUUUAAUAGCUAUUUCACAGUUGGAUCGACUCGGUUUAAUUAAGCUGGCGUGUCGACAGAUUAGUGGCUGUAUAGUACGGAACUAAAGUAGUCUCAUCCGCAGUCGAUUGGUGAACUCUUUCUUGCCGAACAACAACAGAGAGGAAGAAAGCAAAACAGAGUAUAAACCCUACUGAGAAGAAGAUAUCGUUGUGGGUUUCUCGUGCUCUUUGUUCUUCUUCCUACUGAGAAAAAUGGCUGAUCCAGGUCACGAGACAGAGAUCAGAUGCCAUCACUGCGCAGGGCCUCUUACGAAAAACUUGGAAACUAGUGAAUGGACUGUGGCUCCCUUCAUCAGGGAUAGCUUUUCUAUGAUUGGAUCAGCUGUUGGUGGUACUGCAAGUGCAUUCAUUGGAUUUAACCAUGUUAUGCCAAUUGUUCGCAAGUGGAUAAAAGGACCCAUGUGGUUACAUUUUCUUGUUGGGGCACCGCCUGUUAUAGUUGUUUCAUCGGCCUGUGCUGGACUAGCAGGUGGCACUGUACCAGCACUGGCACAGCUUGCUUCAUCGUCAUACCGAGCAGCAGUCCAUUCGUCUCAGCCACCAAAGGCACAAGAGAAUAACAAAAUCCAAAAGUCUACAACAUCUCCGCUAUAAAACACACAGCACAGCUUUCGCUUUCGUUCUUUUGCUUUCUCCAUUUUGUAUGUCAAUCUUUUCUUCAAGAGGGAAGUUCUUUUGUGUAUAUACUUCUGUUUUAUAGAACUCACUAGUGCUAAAGAAAGCUUAAGUCGUGCAAAAGGAUUUAAUGUUUCGGAGUCUAUUCUAUGCCCAUGGAUCAUUCUUAUUCACUCACUCAUAUAAUGAAAGCUCGAUUCAC